AUGAUCGUCUUGCCUCUGCCAUGCGCCGCCGGACCACGUGAAGAUCUUCAUCACAGCCUUGUUUGCAAGGCCAGUUCAAUCAGUACAAGGAGGAGAAAUAAUCUUUGUAAGGUUAGUGUAACUUCAACAUACCAACCCAAAAGCCUCUUCCAAGUACUGAUCAAUAAUAACCCAUUUCAAAACGACAACGUUUUGAUCGUCUCCAAUCCCGGGCUAGACAGCAAUAAGAAAGAACAUUGUACAAGAACAUUGGAGAAAGAAGCGGCUUCUUCUAUAAUCCAGAGGCUAGAGGCCUUCGGGGAAAGGGUGAUAGGGUUGGAGAAGAAAAAGUUUAUGAACAAAACCAAAGGAUCGGAACUAUCACAUGAGGAGAGCAUAUUGGUGGAAGAUUUGAGUAGAGAGAUUGUUAACGAGUUCUUGGCCAAACCGAUUGAAUACUUAAGAAGUGGUGAUGGCGACUUGCAGGAAAAGUUAAAGGAGCUCGAGUUUCUUGUGAAUAUUCUUGAAGAAUCAUGUUUGAUUGGGGAGAGAGUACCAAACAUUCUUUCAUGCAAAGCCACCCACUAG